UCCGCGUCUCAUUGUAAUGGUAUCUCGAUUCUCUUCCUCCUCCCUCACUUUCACCGAAGCGCCCCCAUCAGCACCUUCGGCGAGAUUAUGCCAUGGCCUCGGCAAGACUAUGUUCUACCGAGACGAGGAGCACCGGCCCCGCAAUUUCCCCGCUUCCUCCUUCCGGAGCUUCGGACUGCUUGCAGCCGUAUGAUACGAGGCAGACCGAACGUGCCGAGCGUUCCUCUCUUCCAAUACCACACUUGAGCCGAGGAUGUCCUACGUACACCUGCUCUCUCAGCUCACUCUCGAGGAAAAGAUCCAGCUGACGGCGGGUCAAGACUUUUGGCGGACCUUCAGCCUGCCUCGUCACUCCAUACCCUAUGCCAAGUUGACCGAUGGACCCAAUGGAGCUCGAGGUGGGGGCGACUUCCAAAACUCGGUACCAGCCGCUCUCUUCCCUUCUCCCUCUUGUCUGUCGUCGACGUUCGAUGUCAGCCUAGCUCGUGCCAUGGGAGAGGGCAUCGCCCUGGACUCUCUCAGCAAGCGCUGUCACAUCUCCCUCGCUCCCACAAUCAACAUCACCCGUGAUCAGCGGUAUGGGCGUGCCUUUGAGAAUUACGGAGAGGACCCGCUACUCAGUGGCCACAUCGGUGCUCAUUGGACUCUAGGGUGCCAGAGCGUGGGAGUGGGAGCUACGCCCAAGCACUUUGUCCUCAAUGAAGCCGAGGAGGACAGGCGAUUUAGCGAUUCUCAAGUCUCGCAAGAAGCGAUGCGGGAAGUCUACCUUGAACCCUUCCGGACCCUCUUCCACGAGGUCGCCAAGGGUCACAAAGACGGUAGCGAUGGGGAGAAGAGCAAGGUCUUUGGAGGACAGCCAGCCUGCAUCAUGACUGCAUACAACCGCGUCAAUGGCACCUCUGCGAGUGAGAACAAGUUCACCCUCAUCGAUGUGCUCCGCAAAGAGUGGGGAUGGAAAGGACUGGUGAUGAGCGACUGGUUUGCAUUGCACUCUCAUGCGCUCUUGACAUGUGAUCUUGAGAUGCCCGGACCCACGAUAUACCGCUCGCCAGAGGCGAUCAAGGAGCUGAUCAAGAAAGGUGAUUUGAGCGAGGCAGAUGUCGAUGCCAGGGCUACAAAGGUUCUUGAGCUGCUGGAGAAGAUUGCACCUUUGGGCUUUGUCGAUUCACCAGACGAAGAGCACGAGGAGAGUAUCGUGGAUGCUGGUCGAGAGGAAAAGAUCAGGACCAUCGCUACCGAAGGUGCUGUUCUCCUGCGAAACGAAAGCGAGACCCUGCCAUUGGACUUCGUGAAUCGCAAGACGAGGAAGAUUGCCCUCAUUGGUAAACCGUGGAAGGAGCCUGUGCAAUCAGGCGGUGGAAGCGCCAACCUCACCCCUCAGCUAGCCAAGCCUGCAUUUGAAUCCCUCCACGAAGCGCUCGAUGCCUUGCCGAAUGGAGCUGGUAAGGACGUCGAGCUGUCGUACCACUUUGGCUGUGAGAUCCACAGAUUUCCCGUUGAGCCAAAGGGCGAACAGCGUAUUCCUGGAGGUGUCAAAGCGGAGUGGUUCAAGGGACCUCACCCACCUCAGCCGGAAGACGAAGACAAGGAGCCUGCACCGCUCUUGGAGCAACACUUGGCAGCUCCUACUCUCCGAGCCAUGGAUCCCAAGCCGGAUGUGCUCGAGGCAAACAACUUCAGUCUGCGAGCCACCUUUAGCCUUGUCAGCCAGACAGCAGGACGGCAUAAGCUAGGACUGACCAGUCUGGGCAAUAUUCGUGCGAUAGUCACUCGUCAGAAUGGAGAGGAGGCCUUGGACUGGAAGUAUGAGGGAGCACGGGAUGUGUUCUCGUAUUUCCUGGACGAGUAUAGGACUGCUCAGGAUGGAAGGGUGAAGAUGGAGGCGGGCGAGAAGGUGACUGUGACCCUGCUGUACUCACCCGCACAGAUUGAGGGCGACCUUGCGCAGCAAAAAUCAAGCGCAUUCCGCUGUGGCUUCGACGAAGAGAUUGAUGACAAGGGCGAGAUCGAAGCAGCUGCCUCCCUUGCCUCUUCCGCCGAUGUGGCCAUUGUCAUGACUGCCGUGGGCAAGGACUGGGAGUCGGAGGGGUACGACCGCCCACAUCUGCGUCUGCCACGAUUGCAGAGCGAAUUGGUGGAGCGAGUGGCCAAGGCGCAGAAGGAUACAAUCCUAGUCAACGUCUCCGGGUCUGCCGUCGAGCUGCCCUUUGCUAAUCAGCUGAAGGCACUAGUGCAGACGUGGUACGGCGGGCAGGAAGCAGGGGCCGCCAUUGUCGAUAUCCUCCUUGGGAAAGGCCGUGCACCGGCCAGUGGUCGUCUGUGCACUACCUGGCCCAUCUCGGUGCAGGAUCAACCGGGAGGAAGCAGCCUGGAACUCUUCCCUGGCAAAGAUCUCACAGGACGUGGUCAUCCUGACGUAAAGUACGCUGAGGGCAGACUGGUCGGGUACAAGUGGUACGAAGCAAAGGGUAUCCGGCCAGCCCACUACUUUGGCUCGGGUAUCGGCGGGUAUACUACCUUUGAGAGGAAGCUGCUGCAGGUCGAAGCAGCGAUAAUGAAGCAGGAGAAGAAGGUCGAAGUGGCUGUCGAGGUCACCAACACAGGAAAACGGAGCGGAAAGGACGUGGUGCAGGUGUACAUCGCACCUCCCUCGGAUCUGAUCCAGGGCGACGUGCCGCAUAAAGAGCUCGCAGCCUUCAGCUCCGUCCACCUCUCUGCCGGCGAAAAAACCACGCUGCGUCUCUCCGUUGGGGAGCGAGCCUUCAGCCAUUGGAGGCAAGACGAGCAGGGCGGCAGUGGUCACUGGGAAGUGGUACCGGGCGAGUAUCACGUCAUCCUGGCUUCCUCUGCCGAUCCAAAGGACGAGAUCGCUAGGGAGCCAGUCACGGUUGAGAAGGGUUGGACAUGGAGCGGGUUGGGAAUCGUCUGAUACCACUGGACGAAGAUGCUAAUGUACGUGGUACUGUGGAGGCAGUUUGAGCGCAGCUCGAGCAAUACGAAAGCC